GCGGCGACGGCGGCCCCGGCCUCGGAUCCCUGGGAGGGGCGCGGGCCAGGGGCGGCCCCGGAGCUAGCGGCAUGGGGUGCACCGCAGACCUCCGGAGAGCCGGGGUCCGCGCAGGCUGAGCCCGGACCAGCGCCUGCGGCGCACAGCCCUGCUUGGGCCCCUCUUCCUGGCUCUCCCGCUUUCUUCCCGAAAGGGGUCCUCAGUGAAUUCUGUCAUGGUCAGUUAAGGAAUCUUGCCUAGAAGUCGCCAGCUUGCAGUUCCCAUCAGCAGGAAGGCCUGGACUCCAAGAUGAUCAUAAAGGAAUACCGGAUCCCCCUGCCGAUGACAGUGGAGGAGUACUGCAUCGCCCAGCUCUACAUGAUCCAGAAGAAGAGCCACAACGAGAUGCACAGCGAGGGCAGUGGCAUGGAGAUCCUGGAGAACUGGCCCUACACGGAAGGCCCGGGCGGCUCUGGGCAGUACACGCACAAGGUGUACCAUGUGGGCAUGCACAUCCCCGGCUGGUUCCGCUCCAUCCUGCCCAAAGCGGAGCUGCACGUGGUGGAGGAGUCCUGGAAAGCCUACCCCUACACCCGCACCAGGUUCACUUGCCCUUUCGUGGAGAAAUUCUCCAUCGGCAUUGAAACCUUCUAUAAAACGGAUGCUGGUGAAAACCCUGACGUGUUCAGCCUGACUCCCGUGGAAAAGAACCAGCUGACAAUAGACUUCAUCGACAUCGUCAAGGACCCCGUCCCCCACAACGAGUACAAGACAGAAGAGGACCCCAGGCUGUUCUAUUCGACCAAGACCAAGCGGGGACCCCUGUCUGACAACUGGAUCGAGGAGUACAAGAAGGACGUCUUCCCCGUCAUGUGCGCCUACAAGCUCUGCAAGGCGGAGUUCCGCUACUGGGGCAUGCAGUACAAGAUUGAGAGGUUCAUCCAUGAUACUGGCCUGCGGAGGGUGAUGGUGCGGGCCCACUGGCAGGCCUGGUGCUGGCAGGACGAGUGGUACGGCCUGAGCGUGGAGAACAUCCAGGAGCUGGAGAAGGAGGCGCAGCUCAUGCUCUCCCGCAAAAUGGCCCAGUUCAACGAGGACGGCGAGGCCGUGGAGAGCACCCCGGAGGACGCUGCCCAGGACCAGGCCUCCAGGGACCCCGAGCCCAGCAGCAGCAACGGGGUGCCCCUGGUGGGGCGGGGCCUGAGGAAGCAGUGGUCCACGUCCUCCAAGUCCUCGCGGUCAUCCAGGCGAGGAGCCAGUCCUUCCCGCCACAGCAUCUCGGAGUGGCGGAUGCAGAGCAUCGCCAGGGACUUGGACGAGAGCUCCGAUGAUGAGUUCUUCGACGCCCACGAGGACUUGUCUGACACGGAGGAAAUGUUCCCCAAGGACAUCACCAAGUGGAACUCCAGUGACCUCAUGGACAAGAUUGAGAGCCCCGAACUGGAGGACGCUCAGGAUGGUCUGUACAGGCAGAACGCCCCCGAGUUCAGGGUGACCUCCAGCGUGGAGCAGCUGAACAUCAUCGAGAUCAAAAAUAAGCUCUCCAUCCUCUGCCCACACUGCUUGCUGUGCCUGAGGAGAAAAACAUGGAAGGGGAGGCAACGCGAGCCACCUAGCCAGAAGUGACAGCAGGUGGCAGAGUGGGCCGGCCAGCGAGACCCCGCCCCGCUCAGU